AAAGAAAGAAAGAAAGAAAGAAAGAAAGAAAGAAAGAAAAAAGGAAGGUAGACAGGCAUCCUCUGCUCCCCCGACCCCCACCAGGAAGCACAGCCUGGUGAUUCUUUCAUGCUGUCCCAAAGCUGUGGGUGAAGCCCUUGCAUGCUAUCUGGGGAGCAGGGGGUAGGAUGUGGGGUAAAUCAAGCCAGAACUGCACAAUUGCUGAGCCCAUGAUGUCGCUGAGCCUACAGUGGAGGAAGAGGGCAUCAGAAGAUCCCUCCGAGGUUCUAGCGUGUUCUCCCUCUGUGGACUGGCUGCUGCCACCUCAUCUUGCUUCUCCUUCUUGGGCACAAGACUAGAGGAGCCUCCGUGGGCAGAAUGGCAAGGAGCUGCAGCUAACCCUGGGGAGCCCCUGUGGAAUCUUGUGUCCUUAUGUGUCCCAGUGGAGCAACGUGCUUGACAGGGGUGAGAAUGACUAAAAGCAUUUUCUAGAAGGAAGCAAAGUCUGUGGAGCAGGGUGUCCAGAGUGCCCCCUGUGGCAGCUGUCAUGCAGCAACGUGCAGUGCACAAGGUAUCUCCUCCUGACCAGGCCAUGGCUCUGCAAGGUGGGAGGGGCAAGGUGGAGAAGGCACAGAGGCCCGGAUACUGGGGACAUUACCAAACACUUCCUUCCCUGCCCUCCUGCCUUGUGCCACCACCUCUCUGAGCAUUUUGAUAGGUGACCUAUUUUAAUGCUGGCAAGGAUGUGAGUUUAAUUAACUAGAAGGGCCGAAGGGUCCAAGGAAAUCUGAAAAUUUAAAAAAAAAAGUGCCAAUAUGUUAAUAACUAUGUGACCUAUCAGAAUAACAUCACUGGAUGCAAAGGACUUUCAUAGCAGGAGGCCCAGGUUUUAGGUCCUUUGAGCCAGGCCUCCUUGAUAGCGGUUCUCCCCUGUAGAUUUCCCAGGCUACAGGGUUUGCAGGCCUUCCAGAUAAACACUGCUAAGAUUCUGUUUGUGCUUGGCCCUAGAAAGCAUCUUGGAGAAAAUGACUUUACUCUUCCCUCUUUUCCAUGUUGGUAAGGGUUGUAGGGGGUGGGAGAAUUGGGUCACUCUGUCCCAAACCAGUACAGAGUCUGCAUGCAGGGCCACAGGGUGCUGGGUGAUCUAAGCUGCUCUGUUCUCUCUGAGCCUCCCGUGGUGCCCAUACAUGGUCCUCAUCCAUUCACACAGCAGGCACCUACCGAGCCCCUAGUAUGUAUCGGGCCACUGCUGGAGGGCCAGAGAUGAGGCCGGGCUCCUGCGAGCGGAUAUCUAGGGAGCGUGUCACAGGUAGGAUAAAGGAGCCUCUCAGGGAUGACUGAAUAUCUGGCAGAGGGUGAUCUUGGAGCAGGCCAUGUGAAGGAUGAUUACCCAGCUCGGGCCUGAGAGUCAGGAAAAGGCCUUCAGCCUAUGGAGCUUCUAUUAUAGCUGGAGACUAAAGGAGACAAAGCAGAGUGAUGAGAGCAAAGGGAGAACUGAACAGAGGGCAUGGGGCAGUCCGCAGGAACGUGGCACAGAAGCCCAGGGAGCUAGGCAGGGCUGAAACGCCCACACAGACCCUCUCCUGCCAGCUUGCUGCAUGACCUGGCUCUUGAAGAGAGGGGGUGGGGAGCAGGGCGGAGACCAGCUGGCCAGCCAGCCAGGGCUAGCCUUGCGUAAAAGCAACAGUGAGGUUUCCUAGGGUGGGGAGAGGGAGGGAGGAAGGCAGGGAGAGGAACAGGCCUUCUCCAUGUUCAAACUCAGGGCCCAGCGAGCAGCCUGCUAGGAACCUGUCUGUACCUGCUCCAGCCCUAUGCCUCUCCCAGCUCAAGGACUCCUCUGUUUGCAUUGUUUCCUGUACCUGACACCAAGCCCAGGAAUAAAGAUAAACCACCCCUGCCCACUGCCGCCCGCCCGCCCCACCCGGGUGACUCAGGCUGGGUGCCUGGUGGCAGCGGUUCUGCUCAGCCUGGCCCUGCUCAGCUGCCUACAUCUGUUCCUGAUUUGCCAUCCAUGUCUGUGACCUAAAGGAAGGGCUCUGGCUGAGAACAUGGCCAAUGGCAUCGACGAGCUCAUUGGCAUUCCCUUCCCCAACCACAGCAGCGAGGUGCUGUGCAGUCUCAAUGAGCAGCGGCACGCAGGGCUGCUGUGCGACGUGCUCCUGGUGGUGCAGGAGCAGGAGUACCGCACACACCGCUCUGUCCUGGCUGCCUGCAGCAAGUACUUCAAGAAGCUCUUCACAGCUGGCAGCCUAGCCAGCCAGCCCUACGUCUAUGAGAUCGACUUCGUCCAGCCUGAGGCUCUGGCCGCCAUCCUGGAAUUUGCCUACACCUCCACACUCACCAUCACCGCCUCCAAUGUCAAGCACAUCCUCAAUGCUGCCAGGAUGCUAGAGAUCCAGUGCAUCGUGAAUGUGUGCCUGGAGAUCAUGGAGCCUGGUGGUGAUGGAGGAGAGGAGGAUGACAAGGAGGAUGAUGAUGACGAUGAAGAUGAUGAUGAUGAGGAAGAUGAAGAGGAGGAGGAGGAAGAGGAAGAAGAGGAGGAGGAUGAUGAUACAGAGGACUUUGCUGACCAAGAAAAUCUGCCCGAUCCCCAGGACAUCAACUGCCACCAAAGCCCCUCCAAGACGGACCAUCUCACAGAGAAGGCCUAUUCAGACACACCCAGGGACUUCCCUGAUUCUUUCCAGGCUGCCAGCCCUGGCCAUCUGGGUGUGAUCCGGGACUUCUCCAUUGAGUCUCUGCUGAGGGAGAACCUGUAUCCCAAAGCCAGCAUCCCUGACAGGAGACCCUCCUUGUCUCCAUUUGCCCCAGACUUCUUCCCACACCUUUGGCCAGGGGACUUCGGUGCCUUUGCCCAGCUGCCUGAGCAGCCAAUGGACAGUGGGCCACUGGAUCUGGUCAUCAAGAACCGGAAGAUCAAGGAGGAGGAGAAGGAGGAGCUGCCCCCACCCCCACCCCCACCCUUCCCUAGCGACUUCUUCAAGGACAUGUUCCCUGACCUGCCUGGGGGGCCACUGGGCCCCAUCAAGGCAGAGAACGACUAUGGUGCCUAUCUUAACUUCCUGAGUGCCACCCAUCUGGGGAGCCUUUUCCCACCCUGGCCGCUGGUAGAGGAGCGCAAGCUGAAGCCCAAGGCCUCUCAGCAGUGCCCCAUCUGCCACAAAGUCAUCAUGGGGGCCGGGAAGCUACCGCGGCACAUGAGGACCCACACCGGGGAGAAGCCAUACAUGUGCAACAUCUGCGAGGUCCGCUUCACCAGGCAGGACAAGUUGAAGAUCCACAUGCGGAAGCACACAGGGGAGCGACCCUACCUGUGCAUUCACUGCAACGCCAAGUUCGUGCACAACUACGACCUCAAGAAUCACAUGCGCAUCCACACUGGGGUGCGGCCCUACCAGUGCGAGUUCUGCUACAAGAGCUUCACACGCUCCGACCACCUGCAUCGCCACAUCAAGCGCCAGAGCUGCCGCAUGGCGAGGCCCCGGCGCGGCCGCAAGCCCGCCGCCUGGAGGGCCGCCAGCCUGCUCUUUGGCCCCGGCGGCCCUGCGCCGGAAAAGGCGGCCUUCGUCAUGCCACCCUCCCUGGGCGAGGUGGGCGGCCACCUGGGCGGUGCGGCCGUGUGCCUCCCGGGGCCCAGCCCCGCCAAGCACUUCCUGGCGGCGCCCAAGGGCACCCUGAGCCUGCAAGAGCUCGAGCGCCAAUUCGAGGAGACACAGAUGAAGCUGUUUGGGCGCGCCCAGCUGGAGGCCGAGAGGAACGCGGGGGGCCUCCUGGCCUUUGCGCUGGCUGAAAAUGUAGCAGCCGCGCGGCCCUACUUCCCGCUCCCCGACCCCUGGGCUGCAGGCUUGGCCAGCCUCCCCGGGCUCACCAGCCUCAACCACGUGGCUUCUAUGUCUGAAGCCAACAACUAGGCUGGCCCCGGUAGACCUGGCCCACCGGCCCUGUCCCCUCUUACACGCCUGAGCUGCCCCAAGCAGUGGCUGUGAACUUCACAUUUUACGAACACAGAGGAAAUGAAACAAUAUGUAUUAGCAACCAUGGUGUUUUCUGCGCCUCCAAAGGCAGUGCCUCCCUUUUGCUGGUGUCAGAGAGGGGGAUCACCUCCCAAUGGGUCUGGAGCCUGGGACCUCCUCUCUCUGUCUGUCUCUCUGUCUCACACAGAAACUUACAGAGCCCAUGCCACAGCAGAGGGCCAUAUACUGGUGCCCAGAGCACCUUGGAGCCCUGGGGUCUAUACAGAGGGGAUUGUUCCUCCUAGAGGUGGGCAGGAUAGAGAAAGAACAAGGGUAGGGUCUUGGGCACACAGCUUGGUUGAGCCCCACUGUCCAAUGGGAAUUUCUUCUAUCACUGGGGCUCAUUUUCCAGUGCCCUGAGGUCUGGGGUCCUUUAGAGCAAUGACCAUCUUCCACACAGAAAGAGGUCCCAUUGACCACGAGACAUCCAGGGACAAGGAAGCAGCCACUGGAGUCCAGGUCUAUGUUUCCCUUACCUGCCCUGCGACCUUGAACAGGUCAGCCGUCUGUGCCUCUGUGUCACCUACUACGAAGAGGCUUGGUAAUUUAGGUUCCCUGCCCCUAGCUCCUGUACCUGUCUACAUCUAUCCUCUAAAGAGGAUCCUGGAGAGGUAGGAACUUUGCACCCUCUAUUUUCCUGGAGAAAGUUUCUCUUACUGGGUACUUUGCUUUAUUACCUCCACCUCCACUUUAGAAUAUUAGUACAGGCAACAAAUUUGACCAAACUAGACAAGGGGAGGCUAUGGGGUGGCUGUCACCACUUGUCCAUAGCCCACAGGCAGAUCUGGAGGGCUCCAUGCUGCCCCACUUCCUGCAAGCUCUGUUUGGUCUGCACCCCUGGAAACACUCAUCAGCAUUUGCCCCACUCUCCUGUGCCCUCUUCAAAGCUGUACAGAGUCUCUUGGGACUCCUGGGGCCAAUAUCAAAGGGACAAGGCCAGAUACUUGCACCUGACAACUGUCUCCCUUCCCCCUGAUUCUUGAACUGAGACAAAGCACCCAGUUAUUCAGGCUUUAUUUGUUUGCUUCUCAAUGUAGGGGUCCUGCAGGUGCCAGCCUCAAUGGUGAUUGCCCCCUUCUCAGUGUUUCACUCUCCCCAACCCUUUUUUCCACCCUCUGGGGAUGAAGUUCCAGUGUUUGGCUUCCCUCUUGGCAGAAGGGUUGUGGGGAGGGGCAGAGGUUUGAGAUCUGAAGAUCCUUGUGUCUUAGGACAUACACUGUCCUGGUCUGAGGUUAAUGGCAGGUCCUGAGAAGGAAGACAGCUGCGUUGGCUGAGUGCCUUCCUGAGUGUGCUCCUCUUUUCUUCCCUCCCUCCUUUUUCUACCUGAGUCUGCUUUGACUGCUUAGUAUCCCAGAGAGGAAAGUGCACCUGCCCAGAGGGCCCAGGACUGAAGUCCCUGGUCCCCAAGCUGUGGCACAAGAGCUUGGUCCUUCUUAUCGCCUUGGCUUUUUUCCUGAGCAAACACACAAAAAAACAAAAAGGCCAGAGAAGACCACAGACUCUGUCCCUCUCACAGCUCCCCAGAAGAGACUCCCUCAGUCCUCAUGUCACCAGAUGCCAUUUCAGCAGGGUGGAAACAUCCAGACACCCUCUGCGGUCACCUGCCUGGGUAGCCACCUCUUAGAUUCUUGUCUCCAUUUCAGACACUUGCUUCUGGGACCCACCAGCUGAUGUGCCCAAGCUCCCACAUUGCCAAGGGACUGGGGCUGAUCUCAACUUACAAAGACAAAAUGAACAAAGUGGAAUCCAGUGGUGUUGGGGCUUUUGUUUUUAUUUUGUAAACGUAAUGACUUCUUAUAAACUCCAAUUUUCAGAUGACUGGUUAGUUCUUUUUGUUUUUUCUUGGCUGCAGUUUGGAGUUGUACAUUGUAAAAUAUCCAAAGAUGUUGAGUACUGUAUGAUCAAGAACUUGAAGCAAAUGGGGGUGCAGGGGGGAGGGGUGGCUGUUUUAUUUUGUUUCAAUUUUCUUUUUGAUAUUUCUGAUUUCCCUGUCUGUCUGUGGGAAAACUUUGGAAUUUUUUCUAUUUAUAACUCUUUUUAUGUGAUUGCUAUGUAAAAUGACACUCAACAAAGUUUGCCUUAGUGAUUCAAGGGACAAUCUUCCAUAACUUUGGUCGCACGCAGCAUCCUGCCGAGAAACUCUCAGCUAAUUUUCUGGCCUAUUUAUUAAACAGUAUUAACUGACUUGAUUAAAUCA